AUGUUACUGGAAGUUCAAGUCAAAUGGUACCUAUUAGCUUUCAUAUCAGGGAAACGUACAACAUUCAGGCUUCUUCAGGAGAAGACAGACUCCCUGGUAUUCGGAUGGAAUCGAUUUGAUGAGAAAGGCAUUUCAAAGCUGAUUUUGGAACGGGAAGUAGACUGGGCCUUUGAUGAUACUUUGGAUCUCCCCUUGGUUAAUCAAUCAGAAUUCAAUGUAAUUGGGCAAUCAUGCAUACCUGAAAAUUAUCAUAUAAUUGCAAAGACGUCAGGCUACUUUGGUCACUAUGAGGAGGCAAGGAGGAGUCUGAUAUACGAACGAGAAUCCCCAAAGGCUGCGAUAAUCGAGGAGGAGGAAAUCGUACCGGCGUCGACAGCCACUCUACUGGCACAACAGGGAGUUGACAGUUUCAGUCCUCAAUAUCUCGAAGGCAAUGCACAAAGAGGGAAACGUACAACAUUCAGGCUUCUUCAGGAGAAGACAGACUCCCUGGUAUUCGGAUGGAAUCGAUUUGAUGAGAAAGGCAUUUCAAAGCUGAUUUUGGAACGGGAAGUAGACUGGGCCUUUGAUGAUACUUUGGAUCUCCCCUUGGUUAAUCAAUCAGAAUUCAAUGUAAUUGGGCAAUCAUGCAUACCUGAAAAUUAUCAUAUAAUUGCAAAGACGUCAGGCUACUUUGGUCACUAUGAGGAGGCAAGGAGGAGUCUGAUAUACGAACGAGCCACUCUACUGGCACAACAGGGAGUUGACAGUUUCAGUCCUCAAUAUCUCGAAGGCAAUGCACAAAGAGGGAAACGUACAACAUUCAGGCUUCUUCAGGAGAAGACAGACUCCCUGGUAUUCGGAUGGAAUCGAUUUGAUGAGAAAGGCAUUUCAAAGCUGAUUUUGGAACGGGAAGUAGACUGGGCCUUUGAUGAUACUUUGGAUCUCCCCUUGGUUAAUCAAUCAGAAUUCAAUGUAAUUGGGCAAUCAUGCAUACCUGAAAAUUAUCAUAUAAUUGCAAAGACGUCAGGCUACUUUGGUCACUAUGAGGAGGCAAGGAGGAGUCUGAUAUACGAACGAGGGAAACGUACAACAUUCAGGCUUCUUCAGGAGAAGACAGACUCCCUGGUAUUCGGAUGGAAUCGAUUUGAUGAGAAAGGCAUUUCAAAGCUGAUUUUGGAACGGGAAGUAGACUGGGCCUUUGAUGAUACUUUGGAUCUCCCCUUGGUUAAUCAAUCAGAAUUCAAUGUAAUUGGGCAAUCAUGCAUACCUGAAAAUUAUCAUAUAAUUGCAAAGACGUCAGGCUACUUUGGUCACUAUGAGGAGGCAAGGAGGAGUCUGAUAUACGAACGAGAAUCCCCAAAGGCUGCGAUAAUCGAGGAGGAGGAAAUCGUACCGGCGUCGUCAGCCACUCUACUGGCACAACAGGGAGUUGACAGUUUCAGUCCUCAAUAUCUCGAAGGCAAUGCACAAAGAGGGAAACGUACAACAUUCAGGCUUCUUCAGGAGAAGACAGACUCCCUGGUAUUCGGAUGGAAUCGAUUUGAUGAGAAAGGCAUUUCAAAGCUGAUUUUGGAACGGGAAGUAGACUGGGCCUUUGAUGAUACUUUGGAUCUCCCCUUGGUUAAUCAAUCAGAAUUCAAUGUAAUUGGGCAAUCAUGCAUACCUGAAAAUUAUCAUAUAAUUGCAAAGACGUCAGGCUACUUUGGUCACUAUGAGGAGGCAAGGAGGAGUCUGAUAUACGAACGAGUUCCGAGAGUUGCAAAGGUUGAAUUCGAACCGUUGUCAAAUAGAAAUCAAUUGGUGAAAUGGACGUUGGAAGGUUCUCCGUGCCAUCCCAGUGACAGUGUUAUCAUAUUCGAAGGACAAGCUGAUGAAUCUCUGGAAAUGACCAUUGUUCCUAUUGAAAGUGCAGUACCUACGAAAAUAAGAAACUCGAAGGACGUUGUCAUCAUUUUGGCAGUUCUCCAUGAAGAAAGAUUCUCUCUUCCGACUCUAGGUAACUGA